AUGCCUCCUACCCGCACUACUGGAAAGAAAGCAGUGGAGAGUGACAUAGAGCCACCCAAGCCAAAGCGUCAACUCGUGCGCUGGGAUCAGGAUCUGGACAACCUUCUGCUGCUCACCAUUCAGUCGGCCUGCAACUUGACUGGGGUAAAGAUUCCCUGGGAUAAAGUUGCCGAGUUGAUGGGACCCAAGUUCACCGAAGGCGCCAUUGUGCAGCAUCUUUCCAAGCUUCGACUCCGUCGUGAGAACAACGACCUACGCGUACCUCCUCCACUCCGUCGCUCUGUUGCAGUUGUAUCGAGCAUGACUGGUGACAAGAAAGGCUCCAAGAAAGGACAAAACAAGCGGAAGAGCUUUGUGUGUCACGCAACAGACGAGCUCUCCGAUGAAUUCCAAGGUCUCGAUGACGAUGAAGAUGAGGAAGACGAUGAUGAGGAAGAUGAUGAGGAUGAGUAUGAGGACGAUGAGGAAGACGAGGAAGAGCUUGAGUAUUCUCGAGGCCCAAAGAGAAUCAAGAGUAACCGCCAGUCUUUCUUGAAUGUGACUGAUUCCCGUGAGAGUCGCCUCCGCAGCACUGGAAAGCGCAUCCUACUUCGUGGAGCAUCAUUCCUCCCCAAGCGCGAGGCUGAGAAGCACCAACACAACUAUGGCUACGACAACGAGUACCAUGAUUGUGAGGCCGAGAAUGAGGACAUUGGAGGAUAUGAUCUCGCCCAUAUGAAGAAGGUAAUGGCUCAGCAGGCAACACCCACUCGUCACCCAGUUCGCAUCGUGAAGCUCCCACUUGGCGGUGCUUUGGACCUGAAGCAAAGCUCGACCCCAUUCAACUCUGCCUCUAAUGAAGCCGAGGUCAGCGCAACUCCCUUCAACCCCAACGACCCGGCAAUUAUCAAUCCUGCGCCUGGUGGCCCACCUAGUGAGUACACUCCGCCUUCGUGGCUGCAGCAGGCGAUGGCGAACCGGGUUCCCGAAAAUCCCUUCUCCCCGGUUCUGACACGACCUGCUCCGGUUGUGGGAAACCGAAUGUUCUCCCAAGGCGAGUACCUGUGGUCGCCUCAUGCACCUAUAUACGCCUCUGGGCGUGCUGGUGCUCCCACGGGCCCUGUCAUUGCUUCCGAGGGCUUGGAGCCAGCUCCGGAAACUGACAUGGAGUCAUCCACGUGGAACGUGGAUGACUUCAUCAACUUCGAGUACUCCCAUGGGGAUGAAAACAGAGAUGCGACCAUGAAGUGA